UAUAACUGCUGUUUCUAUUAACAGGCGCGGAUCCUGUUUUUGUAGAUUUUAUCGAAUCCGGCAUGAAGACAGUCAGUGAAUACUUGGAGAAUGUGUUGCAGGAGACGGGCGGCUUUGGAAAGUUUCAGUUUUUACUUCACGGCAGCAUCCUCUUCAGUAAGGUCUCAAUCACAUGGAGUCUCCUCAUCAUGGCCUUCGCCGGGGCGGCUCCAGACUGGUGGUGUGUCUACUCCAAUGCAACACAUGUUCCUGCAGUCUCAAACAACAGUGCUAUAGGGAACUCUACCGUCCAUUCAGUGGUCCAUGAUGUACUCCAGGCGUGUAAAACGUGCACACCUCCGGCAAACGACUCCAUUUGUCAAGUGUUUGUCUUCGACGACAGUAUGAAAACGAUCAUCAAUGAGUGGGGACUAAUCUGUGAUAAAAAAUGGAUUACAUCAACAGUCUCCUCGGUACAAAUGGCGGGUCUCCUGAUUUCUGGUGUUUUGGGUGGACAAGUGGCGGAUCUACUGGGGCGAAAGCCAACAUUCUUCUUGUCUAUCUUCAUAAUGUCCGUUUCAAACAUUGUGGCCGGAUUCUCCCAGUCGUGGUUGAUGUUCGCUGUGACUCGCUUUAUUAUAGGAUUAGGUUGCGGAGCGUACCUCACUGUGUUCUACACAUUCUCCGUGGAAUUUACACCAACCAAAUUCAGACCUCUUCAAAUAGCCUUCCCUGAUUGGUCAAUCUGGGCAGCACUACUGGGUCUAUGUUCCUAUCUGCUUAAGGACUGGAGAAGCCUGCAUAUUCUAACUGGAGUUCUGACAGGACUUUGUCUUUUAUCGUGGUGGAUUGUUCCAGAGAGUUUCCGAUGGCUAGUGUCACAUGACAAACUGGAUGAAGCUGAGAGAGUUAUCGAGAAAAUUGCUCGUUUAAACAGUCAUCCCAAACCUGAUCUUAACAAGCUCAAAGACCUGACAAAAACUGAUGUUACCUUUCAAGGAGACAGGAAAUACACAUUUUUGGAUCUGUUCAGAAAUCGAACUCUACUGAUAACCACUGUUUUAGCUGGUGUUGGCUGGUUGUCCUGUGGCUAUGCUUAUUACGCCAUCUCGUACAGCGUGGACCAGCUCUCAGGGAAUCUUUACCUCAACAUGUUUCUUCUCAGCGUAAUCGACAUCCCAGCCCUAAUAAGCAUCAUGUACCUCAGUAACCGCAUCGGUCGCAGAUGGACCUGUCUGGGAUAUUUUGUGAUCGGAUCCUUGAGUAGUCUUGGUGUGGCCAUAUCUCAGAUGAUAGAUGUUGACAAAGACCUUCAAGGUAGUUUGAUUAACGGAUUCGCCCUAGCGGCCAAGUUUGGCGUCUCUGCGGCUUGGGCCUCCAUCAUGACCUUUACAACGGAAAUAUAUCCUACUGUCGUCAGAAACCUCGGAUACGGGACCCAGAACUCUAUUUCACGUGUUGGAGCCCUGAUAGCGCCUCAACUUAUUGUUGUGAACAAAGAAACACCGGGUGUAAUGUACAUCAUUUGUUUCAUUGUCACAAUGACGUCUGCAAUCACGUGUCUUCUGCUAAAAGAAACCAAAGACAAAACGAUCAGCGACAAUUUGGAGGAAUCUUUGAACCGAAAGAAGGACGAGGGCAAGGGGAUCGCGUCUGUGGAACUGACGUAAAUACAUAAUGGAGCAAGUUGCACCUGGUGUGUGCUCAACAACACAACCAUAACCUCAGUACAAUUUAUUGGUUACAUAUUAUAUACUGUGAAAUAAUGUCUAUUUCAGGGGACAAUGUAUCUUUAAUGAAUGUACUUAGUUUAUUAUGUGAUUGAGUAAUCGCGAGCUUUCUGAGAUUUUAAAAAAGUUUUAAAAAUUGAACAUAUUCACCUCUACGUGCCUUUCAAGUGUACAGUGUAUAUAAAAUUUUAUUUUUCCAAUUUCCGACCAAAAAUAAAGGAAUUCCUAUUUUCAGUCGUCUAAUGAAGAGUAGUGUCUCUUAUCAUUUUUGGCAAGGUUUUGCACUCUAACUGUAAACAAAGAUGAUCGACCAAUAUUGUUUUAGAGGUUGUAGUAGCAGGUCCCGAUGUUUGCAAUCAGUCAUAUAAAUAGAAACUCAUUUCUAGUAAUGAGUAAGGUCUUCCGUGACAAUACUUCCGGCACAUAGCUUCCUGUUCGUUGUAAAUCUCUGAGAAAAUUGAUAUCUAUUACAACUUAUGGUGUGGAUGAACACUUCCGAUGAUAUGUUACAUUGAAAUGCCAGUGUCUCCUUAUUGACUGUCUGCUUUAAAAGUCCCAUGUCUCAAUCUAAAAGCGCUCCACACAAACAGAGCGGGUGGACAAAAAUUGUUGCGGACCUGCCGACCGGGAGAUAUUUUCAGUGUAUAUAUCAAGAAAUAAAUUAAUCUCAAUAUUCUUUAUCUUUAUCAUCUCUGAAAUUUUCGUGUUCAUUGAAAGGGAUUUUUUUCCAGAUAUUAUAUCAAGAGAAAUUAAAUUCCAUUACUUUUUGUGAAGACCCAACGUGACUGAGAAAAAUGUCAAACCAAAUCAAAAAUUUACAGUCUAUCAUCUGUACAAGUUUCAUAAUUUAAUUUCAUAUACUCUCGGAGAAAUACUAAAAAGAAAAAGAUCCCAAAAUUUGAAGUCGCCAUUUCCCACGCAUUCGCAUGAGUACAAAAACAUAUAAAACAGUUUUAAAACUUCGUUUUGUAUAAUGUUAUGCAUACCAUUGCAAGUCUCUGAUUUAUAUGAAAAGUGUCAUAAUUUGAAAAUUUUAUUUAUCUUCUGUCACAUUCGGUGACGACCCGUAGUAAUAUCAAAAUGAUUUACCCUCAAAAUCGCACACACUCUUGAAUAACUAAUUCCCGAAAAUUUCAUUUGUCUAUCUGAAAACGUUCGGGACAAAAAUCAAUAGACAAAAUAAAAACAAAAAGUCGUUCGAACUUGCCGACCGAAAGUAAUAUUCUCGACAUAUUUUGGGGAAAGUAACAUGCACAAUAAUAUUUAUCAUUUGUUUUUGUAACAGAGACAUUUUUAUGCCUCUGAUGGCAUUUGAACACAGUCUCUGGCACACAAGUCCAGUACUCUACCAAUCGAGCUGAAGGGUUAACCCUCUAGCCAGACAUAUCACUUACACUAAUACAUUGUCCCCCUCCUUUUUAAGAGUAGUCCCUGACUCUUCCUGAGUGCCAACACCUGUGGGGCGAAGUACUGAGGACAAUCUCUCUCACCCGCCAGAGAUAGCCCAGGUCCCAACGUGGGCGCCAAAUGUAACAGAAACAUUACAUGCCUGUGAUGGGAUAUGAACCCUGGUCCCUGGCACACAAGUCCAGUACUCUACCAAUCGAUCUAGAGGGUUAUGUAGGAAUGCCAUAUCACUCGCACUACCAUAUUUUAAAAAAUCAUUACCGUCUUCAUUUUAAAUAUAGAUGAAGUAUUUUACAGUCUUCGGACAAUGCACUUCCUCUCCGGUCUCCUUUGUGACUGGUAGAAAA